CGAAGCUGCGCUUGCGCAGACGGCCCCGGGACCCGGGCGGGAGGUUUUGGUCCUAGGCUCUGUCCUCCCACGGGGAGAAAGCGGGUGGGAAGCACCUGCGGUGGCCGCCUAGCACCCAGCUCUGCCAGGCUAGUAACGUCCACGGAGGCGGGACCGCCGCGGGAAGAGUCCCCUCCUCUACACAGGCACCUUUUGCCCAGCCUCUUCUGAAGCAGACACCCACCUGCUCUCCUGUCUCCCACACAUUCAGCAGACCUUGAUGCAGCUCUGUUCCCAGGGCACACUGGUGUCAAGCAGUGACCAUCUUCACUUCAGAGAAGAUUUGUUUUCUUGGUUUUAUGUAUUGCCUCUCUUUUAAUUUUUUAAAAAAUUUUUACCAUGGAACUAUUUUAUUUCUAUAAUGAGUAAAAAAUAAAGCUCCUCUUAGUUGAGAGAAAUGUACUGAGAUUGCCUGCCCACCAUGUGUGAGCCCCUCCUGGGCACUAGCGGGGGCCUUGAUGAAUAGGAUAUGGGUCCUUGUUUGGGGAAUUUUCAAAAUAAAGAAGAAAAAUUGAGUAGCAAAACAAAUGUCAUCUCAGAAAGCUGCCCCUACCCAGGGAGGUUAUAGCUAAGCCACUUGGGUAGUGACAGGCAGGUAUCAUUGCGAAGAAUAGGCAAUUAUUCUGCCACCAGGUUACUGCAGGGCAACCACCACCACCUCGGGCUUGAGGGGAAGGAACAGCAAGAGAAGAGCUGAAAAGGGUGUCAUUUCCCUGGACUGGCACCUGACUUCCUGAAAUGUCUUUCCUCCAGGACCCAAGCUUCUUCUCCAUGGGGAUGUGGUCCAUUGGUGCAGGAGCCCUGGGGGCCGCUGCCUUGGCCCUGGUCCUGGCCAACACAGACAUAUUUCUAUCCAAGUCUGAAGAAGCAACACUGGAGUAUCUGGAAAAUAUAGACCUGAAAACAUUGGAGAAGGACCCAAGGACUUUCAAAGCAAAGGAGCUAUGGGAAAAGAACGGAGCAGUGAUUAUGGCUGUGCGGAGGCCAGGCUGUUUCCUCUGUCGAGAGGAAGCUGCAGACCUGUCCUCCCUGAAACCCAAGCUGGACAAACUGGGCAUCCCCCUCUAUGCUGUGGUGAAAGAGCAAGUUGGCACUGAAGUGAAGGACUUCCAGCCUUAUUUCAAAGGAGAAAUCUUCCUGGAUGCACAGAAAAAGUUCUACGGUCCACAGAGACGGAAGUUGUUGUUCAUGGGAUUCAUGCGCCUGGGUGUGUGGUGCAACUUCUUCCGGGCCUGGAGUGGAGGCUUCUCUGGAAACCUGAAAGGUGAAGGUGUCAUCCUUGGUGGAGUUUUUGUGGUGGGACCAGGAAAGCAGGGCAUUCUUCUUGAGCAUAGAGAAAAAGAAUUUGGAGACAAAGUAAACCCACUUUCUAUUCUGGAAGCUGCUAAGAAGGUCAAACCCAGGAGUCUAGCUUCAGAGAACAAAUGAUCACAUAAAGGGGGCCAGCUAUGGCUAACUAGGGGCACUCACUUGUGUUGCUGGGAAGUUAGAAACCCACUUACACCAUAUUCUCACUAUGGAUUAUUAAUGCAUUGUAGUAUUGUUUUUAGUAUAGGCCCAGUAAGGCAAAAUAGGUCCAAAAACAAGACUGACAAAAAUCUAAGAAACUAGUGAAGAAAAGACUUGGAAAAUAUGAGGCAUAAAGUUGACUGCUGCACCUCACUACAAAUGUGUGUUUGAGCACUGUUACUUGAAAUUUUUAUUUUCAUACCUUCAAAUACUAAGAUAAGGUGGGGCUGGUGGGUACAGCUCAGUGGAAGAACACUUGCCUAGCAUGCAUGAGCUCCUGGGUUCAACCCCCUGUGCCACAAAAAAAUAGAAAUAAAAUAAAUGUUGAAAUCUAAGAAAAGAUAAUGAUUGAAUUAAAGAUUGGAAAAUAUAAGG